AUGCCUCCUCUGGGAUCGGGUAAUUUCGCAGAUGUAUACGUUGGAACAUUUAAGUGUGAUGGUAAAAAUGGUAAACAAUCAAUAACAGUGGCAAUUAAACAUCUUAAGGCAUUAAAAAACACUGAUGAAAAAAAUGGAUCAGUUGGAGAUAAAGAUCAUAUAAGAGAGGCCAUGUUAUCAAUGAUUCGAGAAGGCAAAGUUAUGAGUUUUUAUAGUCACGAGAAUGUUGUCCAGUUCUUUGGAGUGGCAUGUAAUCAUCCACCAGUAGCGAUAGUAAUGGAAUAUUGUCCUGGAGGUAGUCUUGAGACUCACCUUUUGACACAAAAACAGAAUAUUGUGAUUGGAGAACGCCUUACGUUUUGCGUGGAAGCAGCGCAAGGAAUGCGAUAUUUGCAUGGACAGAACUGUAUUCAUCGUGAUUUGGCAUCCCGGAACUGUUUAAUAUCAGCCGAUGGAAUUAUCAAGAUCAGUGAUUUCGGUUUAUGCAAGAUCGAAGAGGCGACUCGUUUGAAUGAUGACUAUUUAAUGAAUGUUCCUCUUAGAUGGAUGGCACCAGAAACAUUAGUUAAACCACCAAAGUUCUCAAAAAAGAGUGAUGUUUGGGCAUAUGGUGUUUUAUUGUAUGAGAUAUUUAAUAACGGAGUGAAACCGUGGAUCGAUGAGGAAGUGAAGAAAAUAGCGACUAACAUCCGUCAUUGCCAAAUGCCAGAGAUGCCACCCUGCACACCACAGCAAAUAAAAGAUCUCGUUCAGCUUAUAUGGAUUAAAAACCGAGACGAACGACCAACGUUCAAAGUGAUCACAAAAAAGAUACGCGACAUGCAAAAAGGUGACUUAAAGCCACCUGACCCAACCGAAUGUUCAGUGAAUCGAAUCAGUAAUGUGCAUCGCAUUGAUUAUUCUCGAGAGGAGACAGCUACAGAAGAUAAUCUAACACAGUUGCCGUCGAGUACUGAAGAAGCUGAACCAACAAUAACUGCCGAUGAAACCGAGAAGAAAUUCGUGAAGAAACGACAUUCAUUGACAUCGUUAGACUAA